UAAAAUGCUGUACAAAGCAAUAAUUAAAAUUGUUUUAUUACUUCUCCACGCGAGGCAUUUAGUUUGUCACUUAAAAAACAUGGGAGAAGUGACGAGGAAUUGGACAAAUGUUUUAAUUAAUCUCGAAAAACGUAUUGUCGGUGGAUCAAACGCUACGAAAAAUCAAUACCCGUUUAGUGUCCAAUUUUUUAAUUCCGGUGGUCUAUGCGGUGGUUCAAUACUUACGAAGAAAAUUGUGUUGACGGCAGCGCAUUGCUUGGAUCACAAUAAAAAUCUCAUUGAGAUGAAGAUUUUUUCAAAUCCCCGAUUUGUCUUUGAUCUUCAAGCAAUAGGACAUGACGUAUGGGAUUUCGAGAUUCAUCAGAAAUACGGUGUAAAUAUAGCUUUCGCUAAUGACAUCGCUAUUUUAAUAAUCCACGACUAUUUUGUGUUGGGACCUCAAGUUCAGAAGGUUAUUAUUAUUAAUACAGAUGCCUGGAUGAAUGUAAAUGAAACAUUUGUGGCUACCGGAUGGGGUGAGACUAAGUACGGUGGCGGUAUACAUCAAAAUCGUUUUAAAGCUGCCAAUAUGUAUUAUGUAAGCAAAAAGCGAUGCAUGGAUGAAAACAAAAUCGACUUGGGACCUGAAAUGUUUUGUUUGCACGGGAAUAGCGAGAGCGACACGUGCCGCGGAGAUUCAGGUGGAGGGGUAUUGUGGAAUGGCGGGUUAGUAGGAAUUAUUUCACAUGGUCGGGGGUGUCUUGAAACACCAGGUAUAUACGUAAGCGUUUACUAUAAUAGACAGUGGAUCAAGGAAACUGUUGCAAAGAUUUAUAAAAAGUUCUGUGAUUUUCAUAGCAAUAAAAUAAUAAUCUAA